AUGGAAACUCAAUCAAACGAACGUCAGCUUAUUCUAUUUGAUGGAGACGAUCGUCGAAUGGAUUUAUUCAAUGAUAUUAAACACCUAUCAAAAAUUCCAUCUAGCUGUGAAUUCUAUAUUUUUUGCAGUGAAACAGAUCCGAUUUUAUAUAAAGUCUUGAACCAUAUAAGUGAUGUUUCACAAGUACGCGUCCGAAGAUCAUCCGAACCCAUUAGUCAACGAUUGAUAGAAUUUCUUGAAGAAAAUAUUAACAGAUAUACAUUUAUUCUCAUUGUGUGUAGUUCUGAACCAUCCUAUAAACAUGUCUUCAAACAAAUUUGGAAAAUAUAUAAACAUAGGAAAUUAUUUGUCAUGGAAAUCAAUAACUUAUUCAAUAUCACAGUAAAAGAUAUUCUCAUUCAUCUUCGUCAACAUGGAAACAAAUCAAAUAAUAUACAAGUCAAUGAACAUGAUCAAUCUUUACAAUUAUUGAAUUCGAUCGAUAGUCAACAAAUAAACGCGACGAAUGAUAAUGAUUCAUAUAUACAUCAAGUUUUUCAUAUUCAACCAUCACCACAUGUUGAGUAUAAAAAGAAAAAUAAGAAAAAUAUCGAAUUAUUUGUUGUAUGUGAAAUUCAUUGUCCAUUUUGUAACGAAGAUUUUCCAUCAAAAAAUACUUUAAAAAAAUACAUCUCAGCAACAUGUCCAGAUAUGACACCGUAUGAUGAUGAAUGGAACAUGUUAAGAUUUUCGUUUCAAUGA